AGCUUCACUUGAUUUCAUCUUUUCACAAAUACAGGAGAUGGCCAAGACGAUGAGGAAGAGGAGGUGGAGAAUCCACCCACUGCAAGCCCAAGCCCCCUACCUUACUGUCACCGUUAUGAUGUUCCUUGGGAGUUUUGUGAAUAUGGCCCUUCAGACUCGGGAAGGAAAAUUCUUUCUGAAUCACUUAUUGAGUUUGCUUUUUACUUGUACAAGAUGAAGGCAGCAGAGAAGCCGGACGCCAACGUGGUAUUCUCGCCUUUCAGCAUAGCCAGCACCCUGUCACUCCUGCUCUUGGGAGCAAGAGGCGAGAGCCGUAGAGACCUCGAAAAAGAAUUGCGUUAUCCAGAGAACUUCAGCUGUAUUCACGAGGAGAUGAGACACGUUGCUAAGACGUCCCUCAAUCUGCUGACCGCUUCCAAGAUAUUCCACAGGGCAGACAUUGAAAUGCAACCUUUUUUCAUCAAUCAAUCACAAGAGUUCUACGGAGUUCUGCCUGAGCAACUGACAAAUGAGAGUUCAGUGAACACAGAGAUGAUCAAUCAGUGGGUCUCUGAAAAGACGCAGCACAAGAUCACCACGUUGGUGGACAAUGUGGGUUUAGACACUGAUAUUAUAAUACUGAAUGCCAUCUAUUACCAAGGGACAUGGCUAACGCAGUUUGAUCCUGAAAACACAACAAUGGACUCCUUCAGGUCUCCAGAUAAGACUGUUCAAGUGCAGAUGAUGAAGAGUGAAAAUUACAAGCUGUUUAUAAAAAACGACUUCCACCUAAAAGCCAAGGUUGCUAAGUUCCAGCUGUCUGGGAGGACAAGCUUGCUGGUCUUGUUGCCUUUUGAUUCCACACCAAAUUCACUCGUGGACCUCGAAUCGAAGCUGGAACUUGAUACAUUCCUUAAGCUGAUGAGGGAUCUUAACGCAGCAGAACUUACGGACGCCAUGGUGGCUCUGCCCAAAAUAAUUCUUGACACCAAAACUGACUUAACGUGGCUACUCGGGGACAUGAUGAAUUUCAUGCAUAGCUACAAAUCUCCCAAUUUGUGUGGAAUGACUCCGCAGAACCCGCUCCUCAUCUCAGACUCUCAACAUCGAGCAGUCAUUGAGCUCAGCGAAAGCGGCGUGGAGGCCGCGGCGGCGACGUCCGUGUCUGUUGCACGCACCAUCAACGUGUUUGAAGCCAACCACCCAUUUAUUUUUAUCCUCUGGGACGAGAAGAAUGAAGUGCCACUCAUCAUGGGUCAAGUUGUUGACCCUACUUCAACUUCAUAAGAGAUGUAAUUCAUGAGUUCUUAUUGUUGGUGUCUGCUCUCAAAAACCUUAACCUGUAUGGUCAGUUACCACUGUAGGCCAAUCAGUUUUAUAAGACUGCUUCUGAGUUUUGUGAUCUUCUUUUUUACUAAUUACAAUAUUGCUCUAAUUUUACGUGCAUUUUAAUUUUUUACAUUACUCACCACAAGCGUUGCUUCUUUCUGGUCUUUAACGACCUUCAGUUGUGCUCCUGUAAGGCUCUUGAUUGCAUAGACAAUAAACAAUCACAAUCUGUCUAA